CAGCAUGGAUAUGAUAUGAUGGAUGCAGAGCAGACGCAGACAGAGAGGCGCCGCCAAGAAGAUAAGGCUGCACCCACCCCGUCCCCUCAUCUCAUUCCGCUUUGAGCUUGCUUGCAGCUCCAGCUCCCCUCGUCUCUUGGUGGCUACGCCAUGGCCACCGUAGUCCUGAUGAGCUGCAGCCUCCGCGCGCCGGCCUGCAGCGGCUUAUCUGGCGUCCGCGCCGCCCCGGCACCGGCCAUCGUCGCCAUGCCCGCCGCCAAGCAGCAGGUUGUUGGCCGCGGCGCCAGGCUGCGCGCGCAGGCCACCUACAACGUGAAGCUCAUCACGCCCGACGGCGAGGUAGAGCUGCAGGUGCCCGACGACGUGUACAUCCUGGACCAGGCCGAGGAGGAAGGGAUCGACCUGCCCUACUCGUGCCGCGCGGGGUCCUGCUCCUCCUGCGCCGGCAAGGUCGUCUCCGGCAGCGUCGACCAGUCCGACCAGAGCUUCCUCGAAGACGACCAGGUCGCCGGCGGCUGGGUGCUCACCUGCGCCGCCUACCCCACCUCCGACGUCGUCAUCGAGACGCACAAGGAGGAGGAGCUCACCUCCUCUUCGUAAUCCGAUCCAGUAUAUGCGGCUUUCAUUGCUUAUUAAUUAUCUCAGCUCCCUUGAUUAUAUAUAUAUAUAUAUAUAUAAUUAAACCCUACGUCGUGCGUGCUAUAGCUAUAGCUAUAGCUAUACUAUACUUAAUUGGUUUGCAAUUCAGCUAUAUGCAUAAUGCAUGCUAGCUGUGGCUAUUUAUAUCUGGUUUAUUUGCAAUUGAUCGAGCUAUUUUUUUUGUGUUAAUGUUUCAGCUCCAUAUAAAUAAUGUAAUGUUUAAAUGAUAUGCUUGUCUAUGAAAUAUUGAAAUAAAACUUAAUUUGUACUGCCAUAUUUAA